AUGUCCCAUGAAGGCAAAGAAGCCGGGCAGCCGAAGCUACUAGAAGCCACCUCGAAAGCAGUUAAGAUUGAAAUGGUAAGGCGUGCCGAGGCUGAAGAGGCUGCAAGAAAGCAAGCUGAAGUAGCCGAAGAGGAGGCUGCUAAACAGAGGCCGGCUCGAGUGCAAGGAAAGUCUCCUAGCUUCCUUACUGGAAGGGAGGAGCCUCUGGCCCCAGCUUUGGUAGAGGCCCUGCCAUUUGAGAUCCGAGGUGCUACUGAAAAUUUUUAUAAAUUUUGGAUGGAUCGAUGGCAGCUGCACACCUUCGCCUGUGAUGCCAGGGACUUGACGAGGGAUCUUAUGUGGACCCAGUCCUCAGAGAGGAAGACGGCCUCCCUUGCAAACGAAUUGAAGGCAGCUAGGGCUGAGGUUGAGGAAGCUAGGGCCCAAAAACUUGAAGAAUCGACGAAGUUGGAGUCUGCCUUGGCUCAGAUAGAGGUGGAGGUUUCCAAUGACCACCAGAAGGUGACAGCCGAAGCCUUGGAGAAGGCUAAUAAGGAGUUGGCAGGGGCCCAAGAUGCAUACAAGUUCAUCGAGGGCCAAAUUAAGUGGUACGUCGAUGAUGCAGCCCAUGCUAAGGAGGAAGCCCAAAAUGCAAGGGAGGAGACAAUGAAGGCCUACAUUGCCAACUUCCACAAUAUUGAGGAGUACAAGAGCUUCAGCACUUACUGGAGGAACUUUGCUUAUGCCGAAGUGAUGGAGCGAGCUGAGGAGUUGUAUCCCAAUCAGGAUCUGUCGCAACUCAGGUCGGAGUUUAUGGACGAAGUGCCUCAAACCCUAGCUGAUGAAGUGGUGGGAGAUGAAGUAGCAGAGGCAGAAGAAGCAAAUUCUGAUGCUCAAGCUGUGGAAGUUCCAGCUACAAAAGCACAUCCAUCAUCUUUCCAGGCUUAG